AGUGAUCAAAGUAAAUUCUUGUGGGUGACAAAGCAGUACCUGUGCUGCACUUACAUGCUAAAUUAGAAGUAAUGUUGAAAUCACAUUAUCUGCUUGAGGGGAAAAAAGGUGUUGCAAAACAUUGAUAGUGUAUCCUUGCUGGUCUGGCAACCACAGUUCCUGCUUGGGCAGAGUUUCAGUUGUUGACCCACCAGCCUACGUAUGCGGAGGAAAGCGAAAACAGCUCGGUGAAAAUGCCUUUGGCCAAAGACCUUCUUCAUCCUUCUCUUGAUCAUGAGAGAAAGCAACACAAAAAGAAGAGACUUGUGCAGACUCCAAACUCCUACUUUAUGGACGUGAAGUGCCCAGGCUGCUACAAGAUCACCACUGUGUUCAGCCAUGCCCAGACAGUGGUACUCUGUGUGGGAUGCUCAACUGUUUUGUGCCAGCCAACAGGAGGAAAAGCCAGACUGACAGAGGGUUGCUCUUUCAGGAGGAAGCAGCAUUGAAAGGAGUAACAAAUGGAAGCCAUGUCGACAAAACAUGCUUUUGAGAAAUGCCUAAAUUUUCAUUGAUUACAAUGAACUUUUUAUGGGUACACAUUUACUAAAAAAUGACAGGUUCUUACUGUCAUUGUACUAGAUGAUGUUCCAAAUAAACCAGCUUUUAAUAAAAUUUUAAUAUGCAAUUUAUUAAAAUCCCAUCAAGUUAAUAAAUAAAGAAGCAGUUGGACAAAAUGAA